AUGCGUAUUCUGGGAUCCGUAGCACUGCCGGUGCUGUUUGACGGCGAUGCGCGAGUAGGAGACGUAGAGGUACGCGUGGUAGACGGGUUGCCAAACGGGUUCAUUGUAGGAGCAGACUUCUUUAGCCGGAAUGCUAGCGUGCUCGAUUUCAGCUCCAGCAGAGGCUUCAGGCCUGUACCAGCAGCACCCGGGGUGCCUUUUCUGUCGAUUGCACCAUACGCCUCCCAGGCUGCAAGCCCCCUCCGCAACGCUCGGGACCAGUUCAGUCUACUGACGGCUACCCCCGAGAAUGCCCCCGCAGUGCCCGCCGUUCCCACAGAAGUGCCCAGCUACGAGGACGUGGUGUGGGAGGACGACACCUCCUUCGAGUGGGACGUGCGACAAGUUCCGGAGACCACCGGCGUCGAGGGUUUCACCACUCGCGCGGUGGAAGCUGCGGCUGUGGGGCCACAACCGCAGGACAGGCAGCUAGUGAUGGUCUUGCCGACCAAGCGGUUCGAUUUAGAGCAGGGAGCUGUAGUGGGAGUAGCUCGCGCGGUAAUGUGGUGGGUUCCGGGGUCGCCUGCUUCGUGCAAGUUGGUAAACCGUAGUAAGGAGAAGGUGGCAGUCGAGGGUAGCCGGGUGAUAGCUCGCAUGGCAGCACUCAGUGUUCGCGACAAGCCGGCCUUCGAUUCGCUGUUUGACACCGCCCCCUCUGCUGCCGACCCACCCGUGGCUCCCCGUGAACCGCGCGCCCCGAGCCCUUCCCCACCUGAUGGGGAAUCCAUCCCGCGUGUUCGCGUAGAGGACGCCAACCUGUGGACGCUGGGGUCGCUCAAGAAGCAGCAACUCAUCAACGUCCUCGCAACGUUCAUCGAGAACGGCCUGUUUCCGAUCGACAAGAAGCGAGUGCCGGCUUGCAUCAACGGUGAGCUUAAGCUUCCUCUGAUCAACGAGUGUUGCACACCUUUCGCAGCCAAGCAACGGCGUUUCUCUCCGGAAGAACGACAUAUGAUCAGGUCAGAGAUUCAGCAGUUGGUAGACCCGAGGAAUGAUCCGUCAAUCCAUGUCUCCAUGGGCUGCCCAGUGCUUGCGCGUUAAGAAGGAUGGUACGCGGCGACUGUGCACCGACUGGCGUGAACUCAACAAACUCUUGGUCUCGGAUAGUGGGGGUUUGGGUGACAUGCAGACGAUAUUCGACGGGUUGAAGGGCAAGACGUAUUUCACUCAGCUAGACCUCGCCUCACGUUUUCACCAGAUGGAAAUCGCCGAGAAAG